CUAAAUGAUUUUAUUUUGCAUUAAAUAAUGUAUUGCAGUUACUAGUAUUCGGUUGUUUCUUUCCCUAAGUUCAGUUUAUUGUUUAAUAUAUUUAAAGAACCAGAGAUAUCAUCUCCUGGCAUGAAUGAAUUCCUUCUUUUCCUUCCUUGCUAAAUCUUCCUGGAGUUGAUCCCUUACUCAAAACAGGGACUUCUGAUACUGCUUGGGUAUCACUGGUGCUUUCAUCGACUCCAUCAGCCACCAUGCCCGACAAAAGCGAUUCUCCGUUCGACCCUUCCAACCUUUCUCACCUUUUUGAGAAAUUUGAAUGCCACCUCUCUGAACAGUUAGCAAAUCAAGAAGCCCGACUUCAGAGCCAAAUUGAAGAACAGAUCCAUGCUUUGACCGCCACCUUAGAAGCACGGUUACAGAUGUCUUCCGGGAGAGAUACAGCACUCCGGGUGGGAGAACCAAGCCGCCACACUCAUUCUGGACCAUCUGUGAUGGGCUUUCCGGUUUGUCUGCCUACUAUGAAACUAGAUGUUCUCAGGUUUAGUGGUGACGACCCCCAACAAUGGAUCUUCAACAUUCAGGAGUAUUUCAAUUUUCACAAGACACCAGAAGACCAACGUUUGCAAGUUGCAGGAUUCUGUCUGGAAAAGGAGGCGUCUAAAUGGUAUCGGUGGACAAAGAGAAACAAUAUGCUCUUUGGAUGGCAUGACUUCCUCGAAAAAUUGCAACAACGAUUCAGUACCACUCACUUUGUUGACCAUCAAGCUGAGUUGGCAAAAUUAACACAAAAGGGAACCGUAAUUGACUAUCAGGCAGAAUUUGAAAGACACAUGAACAAGGUGACUGGUAUUCAAGAGUCCUUGCUCAUUUCAUUCUUCAUCGGGGGGUUACGGCCGAACUUGAAGCGAGAGUUGUUAAUUUCUGCCCCCCAAACACUUUUAGAGGCCUUCAAGUUAGCUAAAGCAUUUGAAACACGUCAUGAGGACAAUUCCGGAGAUAACCGCCCCCAAACCAAAGGAUGGGCUCUCAAGGAACCCUUCUCUUUCCAGGGACAUCCUCCGCAGGGUACCGCACCAUCUUCCACCCAUGGUAGUCGCACUACUGCUGGAACAGACAGAGGAUUGGUUCCUACGCCGUCGCCUUCCAUUCGCAAGAUGAGUGCAAUGGAGGUUCAAUCUCGCUGUGAAAAAGGACUUUGUUUUUAUUGUGAUCAGAAGUAUUCUCCGGGUCAUAAGUGUUGUAGCAAGCUACAAAUCUUGAUUGGGGCUGAUUGUGAAGAUGAGGACCCGAGUCCCAACACAUGCGUGUCCGAAGAAACCGAUGGGUUGGAAGACAUUGAAGGUGAUAUCUCCAUCUUGAACACUCUAUCAGGGCAAGGGAUCCCGAGAUCAUUGCGUAUUAUGGGUCAAGUGAGACAGAAGCCUUGUGUGGUUCUCAUCGACAGCGGGAGUACUCACAAUUUUAUAAACCAUCCAUCAUCGAGAGCCUCCAACUGCCACUCCAAGCAACCAAGCCCUUCCAAGUUUGUAUCGGUAACGGGGACACUCUAUUAUGCCAACACUACUGUCCUAACCUCAUGGUGGAGUUACAGGGUACUCAAUUUACUAUAGAUUUAAAUGUUCUUCCGAUUGCUGGUACAGAUUUAGUCUUGGGCUUCGAAUGGCUACAAGGAUUAGGAACUGUUGCCCAUGAUUAUGCCCGUCUCACUAUGAAAUUCAAACAUGAUGGGCAACUCAUCACUUUGAAGGGGGGAUCGACAUCGACCCCUCAACCCAUUUCUUUCACCCAACUUGAAGCCAUGAUCAAUUCUAAGAAUGUCGCCCAAACAUAUCUCAUGUCUCAGUUAUCUCCAACUGAGAGCUCCCUGGAAUCUGGUACACCCCUCACCGAACUUCACGCUAAUAUUUCCACCCCAUUUCAAGAGCUUCUGUUAGAAUUCUCCGAGGUGUUUUCUGCUCCACACACACCACCUCCAAAAUGCCCCUUUGAUCACCAAAUACAUCUCCUGCCAGGAACCAAACCCGUCAAUGUUCGUCCCUACCGAUACCCCCAGUUUAAAAAAAAUGAGAUGGAGAAGUUAGUGACUAAAAUGUUA